CAUUGGCACUUCGUCAGGGGGUGCGCGAGAAAGGCAUUCAGGUUGAAAUGAAACAAAACGAACCGGGAGCUCAUUUUGGUUCACUGCUGUUGAUGGCUGCGUGGUUGGCGGAGAAUGGUCGCCAGACAGAAUGCGAAGAAUUGCUGGCAUGGCACCUUUUUCCGUGGUCAACACGUUUUCUUGAUGUUUUUAUCGAAAAAGCAGAACACCCUUUCUACCGUGCACUGGGUGAACUGGCUCGCUUAACGCUGGCGCAAUGGCAAUCACAACUGUUAAUUCCUGUCGCGGUUAAACCGCUGUUUCGAUAG